AUGAAACAAAAUAAGGUGAAUAAAAUAGAUUAUGAACUUUUGUAGAAAAUUUAAAUCAAUGAAUCAAAUGUUAAUUUAUCAUGGGUGUUAAAAUUUCCGAAUAGUCAUUAACUACAAUCCUCAAUUUAAUACAUGGCUUUUAUAGACCUUCAUAUAGAAAUAUAAAAGUAUGAUAUAUAAGGAGCUUGCCAUAUUAUCAUUAAUAAUCAAAUUGAAUUUCCCUAUUUGCAAAUAGCAGAAGGAAUGCUUAUAUUUUAGAAAUCAAAAUGUUUGUUUUUAUGCGAUUGUAUUGUUGAGAAACAAAAAUUUCUCUGUCAUUAAAGCUAACUAUUUUUAAUUAAAAUCACAAAUAACUAAGGUCACCUCAUACUUGUAUUUGCUCAUCCCGUAUCAUCAAGAGAAUGGUUUAAGAUACUAAAAUUAUCAGCUAAAUAAAAUAACUUUCUUUAAAAAUAUCGAAUUCAAUAAGUGAUAAUGACAAAUAUUUUUUCAGUUCUCCAAAGAAGGAAGAAUAAAAAGUAUGUUGCUUAAAUAAUUAAGAAAAGAGAUAUUCAUGAUUAAGAUUAGUAUGAAAUCAUCAACAAUUAUAUUAAAAUUCUUAGGAGUGGAAAAAUUAUUAAUUACUACCCAGUUUUAAGUAUUUUUGAAGAUAACGAAAGCAUCUCAAUCAUUACUUAUUAAUUUGUUGGAACAACAUUCGAAACAUUGUUACUAAGCGCAUAAACAAUUAUUCCUCAAUCUGAUUUAGCAUUUAUUAUCUACUCUGUACUGUAGUCUUUAAGAAGUCUAUAAGAAGAAGAACUAUUUCACGGUUAUGUUUGCCUAGAGAAUAUAAUUAUGGCUAAUGUAUUGGGAUCUUUGUAAGUUUACUUGAUUAACUCGAACUACAAGGUAAAAUAUAAUGAAACUAUUUUAUAGCCUUAUAAUCAAAAUAAUUUAGAUUUUUAUUUAAAUUUCAUUCCUAAAUAUUUGGUAGCUCCUGAAAUUCUAUCUUAAUAAAAUGUACCUUCUGUGAAAUCAGAUAUUUAUUAAUUAGGAAUAAUAUUUCUAUUAGUGAGCUUUUACACUUAAGGAUAAACCUUUAAUCGAUAACAUAUAUCGAAAAUGUACUAAAGUAGAAAAGAACUUAUCAAAUAACAAGAAACCAACUUCUAGAAAUGCAAGGAUUCAGAUUUCCCCAACCUGUUUAGUGCUUGUUAAUUGGACUUGAUUAAAAAAAUGACUGAAAACGAUCCUGAUAAAAGGAUUUCUGUUAAUGAUGCUCUUAAACAUGCCUGGUUUAUUAAUACAAGAGACAAACUAAAAUCAUAAAAGAUACAAUCUAUGAAUAAGAAUUUGCCAAGUUUGAAGACAAUAAUAGAAAUGGUUGAACAAAGUGAACAAGAUAUUAGAAGAAAAUCAUUUUAGGUCAGUAAUGUUUAGUUGAAAAAAAAUAAAUUAGAAUGUGCCACUUCCAUUUAACAAUUUGAACAUUCUCCUUUCCACUAGUAAUAAGAUGCCAAUUCUUUGGUGAAAUCUUAGGAAAGCCAAAAUGAAAUUAUAGAUGAAGAACACGAAAUAAGUAACUUAAUAUAUCAGCUUAACAAUAAACAAUAUCAUAUGAUGCCUUCCUAAUUAGGACACAUUAUUUAAGAUAAAAAUUAGUACAGACUUAAAUAGGCAAAAAAUCAUUUAUCAUAAUUCUAAGAUUGA